AGCUCAAACGUGAAGCUGGUAAGAAAAAAGUUUUUCAGAAGUUCUUAAAGGUUUACGGAGAAGCACAGCAGCCGUGUCCCAGCGGCGAAGGACAAUACGGGAUAGGACCUAUACGAUUUAUACGCCGUUUUUAGUUGAAUGAACUUUUUGAAGAUCCCAGACACUGACUCUUGGAACGUCUAUCUCUUGGUGAACCCAAAGGAUGUAUUACUGCUAAGUUAACACUUAAAAGAGAAGAGUUCGGGCACAUUUCCACCGAGAUGGGGGGGAAUUAUAACGUUUGGAUAUUUUUACCAAUUUUAUUCUUGAUCCAUAAUUGCGAAGGAUUCCGCUGCUUGGAUAAAUACACACCUUGUGAGAAUGGAGGCAAGUGCCUGGAGUCGCCGGCACGAUGCAUAUGUCGGCCAGAUUACAUUGGGCCUUUGUGCCAACACUUAGACCCCUGUAACCAGUCGCCGUGCCUCAAUGGAGCUGCCUGCAAGAGCCAGGUGGCCAACGGAAUCCCACAAUUCACCUGUGUGUGUCAGAGAGGGUUCAGAGGUCAAGACUGCUCCCUCAUAGAUGCCUGUGCUACCAGCCCCUGUGCCAAUGGUGCCCGCUGUGCCAAUUGGAAUAACCAAUACAACUGUUCCUGCCCGCCGGGUUUCCAGGGAAAGAACUGCCGAAACGACAUUGAUGAGUGCCGAAAGCCUGGCACGUGCCUUAACUCGGGCCUCUGCAUCAACACACAAGGCUCCUUCCAAUGCCAGUGCAUACCCGGGUACAGUGGGCGUACCUGUGAGGUGUCUUCCCUGCCCUGCGCCCCCUCUCAGUGCCUCAAUGGGGGCACCUGCCGCCCAACCGGGGACCACACCUAUGACUGUGCCUGCCUGCCAGGUUUCCAAGGCCACAACUGUGAGACCAACGUGGACGACUGCCCGGGUCAUAAGUGUAUGAACGGGGGCGUGUGCGUGGACGGAGUGAACACCUAUAACUGCCGCUGCCCGCCGGAGUGGACGGGCCAGUACUGCGCCGAGGACGUGAACGAGUGCCUGAUGCAGCCCAACGCCUGUCACAACGGGGGCACCUGCUUCAACACCAUCGGCGGACACACCUGCGUAUGCGUCAACGGCUGGACGGGAGACGACUGCAGCGAGAACAUCGACGACUGCGCCACGGCCGUGUGCUUCAACGGCGCCACCUGCCACGACCGCGUGGCCUCUUUCUUCUGCGAAUGUCCUGUGGGGAAGACCGGUCUGCUGUGUCACCUGGACGACGCGUGCGUCAGUAACCCGUGUAACGAGGGCGCCGUGUGCGACACCAACCCGCUGAAUGGGCGUGCCAUCUGCACCUGUCCUGCCGGCUUCGUGGGCGGAGCCUGUAACCAGGACAUGGACGAGUGUUCUAUUGGGGCCAACCCGUGUGAACACUUUGGGAAGUGUGUGAACACCGAGGGCUCCUUCCAGUGCCAGUGUGGCCGUGGUUACGCCGGCCCCCGCUGUGAGAUCGACAUCAACGAGUGUCUGUCCAUGCCUUGCCAGAACGACGCCACCUGUCUGGACCGCAUCGGAGAGUUCACCUGCAUCUGCAUGCCAGGUUACAUGGGGACAUACUGCGAGGUGGAUGUGGACGAGUGUGACAGCAACCCGUGUGUGAACGACGGGAUCUGCCGCGACUUGGUCAACGCGUUCACAUGCACCUGCCAGCCAGGGUUUACUGGCACCAUGUGUCAGAUGGACGUUGAUGAGUGCGCCAGCACGCCCUGCCAGAACGGAGCCAAGUGUUUCGACCGACCCAACGGGUAUGAGUGCCGCUGCGCUGAAGGGUAUGAGGGCAAGCUGUGCGAGAGCAACAUCAACAACUGCCAGCCUGACCCGUGCCACCAUGGCACCUGCGUGGACGGCAUCGCCAGCUACACGUGUAACUGCGACGCGGGCUACACCGGCUACCGCUGCGAGAACCAGCUCAACGAGUGCCACAGCAACCCCUGCCAGAACGGGGGCAAGUGUGUGGACCAGGUGAACAAGUACAUCUGCCAGUGUCAGCACGGCACCUCAGGGACCAACUGCGAGGUGAACUUCGACGACUGCGCCAGCGGCCCGUGCGACUACGGCAUCUGCGUGGACGGCGUGAACCGCUACGACUGCGUCUGCAAGCCGGGCUUCACCGGGCCGCUGUGCAACGCGGAGAUCGACGAGUGCUCCUCCGGGCCCUGCAGAAACGGCGGCACGUGCGUGGACCAGGAGAACGGCUUCCACUGCCAGUGCCCGGACGGCUUCCAGCCGCCGUUCUGCUACUCCCAGGUGGACGAGUGCGGCAGCAGCCCGUGUGUGCACGGCGCCUGCCGGGACGACGUCAACGGGUACCGCUGCGACUGCGAGCCCGGCUGGGUGGGGAAGAACUGUGACCUGGACCGCAACGACUGCCUCCCCAGCCCCUGUCAGAACGCGGGCACCUGCAUUGACCAGCUCAACGGGUUCACCUGCAAGUGCCGCCAGGGUUUCAGAGGUAACCUGUGUCAGGUGAACAUCAACGAGUGUUGGUCCAGUCCCUGUCUGAACCAGGGCACGUGCGUGGACGGGGUGGCCAGUUUCACCUGCCUGUGCGAGCUGCCCUACAGCGGCUCCACCUGCGCCGAUGUCCUCACCCCGUGCUCCCCCGACCCCUGUGACAACCACGCCCAGUGCACCAACACCCCCGACUACCUGGGCUACCAGUGCAACUGUCAGCAGGGGUGGCAAGGUCAGCUGUGCAACAUCGACGUGAACGAGUGCGUCUCCAACCCGUGCAAGGACCGCGGCACCUGCACCAACACGCUGGGGGGCUACGUGUGCUUGUGCCAGGGUGGCUUCACCGGCGCCAACUGUGAGACGGACAUCAACGACUGUUCCCCAAACCCAUGCCUGAGGGGGGGUUCCUGUAUGGAUGCUGUGAACUCGUUCCACUGCAACUGUCUGCCCGGAUUCACAGGGCCUCGCUGUGCCGUGGAGGUGAAUGAGUGUCAGAGCGCCCCCUGUAGGAACGGAGGCACCUGCACAGACUAUGUCAACAGCUACACCUGUACCUGCAGACCUGGCUUCACCGGGAUUAACUGUGAGACCAACAUCCCCGACUGCACUCAAAGCUCAUGCUUUAACGGGGGAACCUGUACGGACAAGAUCAACGCCUACUCCUGUACCUGUCGCUCCGGGUUCACUGGCUCCCACUGCCAGUAUGAGGUGAAUGAAUGUGACUCCCAGCCCUGCCUCAAUGGGGGUCUCUGCCAGGACGCGCUGGAGUCCUUCCGCUGCUCCUGCCCCAAGGGAUACACGGGCAACCGCUGCCAGAUGCCCGUGGACUGGUGCCGCCGCUCGUCCCCCUGCCAGAACGGAGGCCGCUGCCGGCAGAAGGACGCGUCCUUCUCCUGCGAAUGCCAGGGAGGCUGGUCUGGACGCUACUGUGACAUCCCCGGGGUGUCCUGUGAGGUGGCUGCCCUGAAGAGAGGAGUCCAGGCGGAUGAGCUGUGUCACCACAGGGGUCACUGUGUCAACACGGGCAACAGCCACUACUGCAAGUGUCCUGCCGACUACACGGGCAGCUACUGCGAGAAGCAGGUGGACCACUGUGAGGACAAACCCUGUCGCAACGGCGCCACCUGCAGGAGCUACGUGGGAGUCUACCAGUGUGACUGUAUGCCAGGCUACACCGGAGAAAACUGUGAGAGGGAAGUCAACGAGUGCCAGUCUCACCCCUGCCAGAACGGGGGCACUUGCAUUGACCUGGUGGGCCACUACAUCUGCUCCUGCCCCCCGGGAACCCUGGGUGUUCUGUGCGAGAUCAACGAGGACGACUGCGCUCCAUCUCCCAGGCUGCCCGGGGCUCAGAAGUGUCUGAAUAACGGUACCUGUGUGGACCGGGUGGGGGGCUACCGCUGUAACUGCCCCCCCGGCUUCACCGGGGAGAGGUGUGAGGGGGACAUCAACGAAUGUCACUCCAAUCCCUGCAGCCCCAGCAACAGCCUGGACUGCAUCCAGCUCCCCAAUGACUACCAGUGUGUCUGCAAGCCGGGCUUCACGGGUCGUCGGUGCCAGAGCAGAUUCAGCAUGUGUGAAUCUCAGCCCUGUCAGAAUGGAGGGGCCUGUUCCGUUUCCAGCAGCUCAGCCCUGGAAUACGUCUGUACCUGUCAGCUGGGCUACGCCGGGAACCAGUGUGAGAGGAGCAUGUCAUGCCGGGAGCUGUCCUGCUAUAACGGGGGGAGCUGUGGCCUGACCACGCGGGGCGCCCGCUGUACCUGCCCGCCGGGCUUCACCGGGUCUCAGUGCCAACACCGCAGCAACCACGGCUGCUCCUCCCAGCCCUGCCGGAACGGGGGCCUCUGCGCGGAGAGCACCAGCUUCCCCUUCUUCCAGUGCCAGUGUCCCCAAGGCUGGAUGGGCAAGCGCUGUGAGCACGGCAGCACCAGGACGGCAGAGCCGUCGCCCGCCUGCCCCCUGACCGACUGCCACAGCAAGGCCAACGACGGCGUCUGCGACAAGGAGUGCAACAUGCUCCCCUGCCGCUGGGAUGGGGGCGACUGCUCCCUGGCCAUGAAUCCGUGGGCGCGCUGCGAGGACCCGCGCUGCUGGCGCCUCUUCAACAACAGCCGCUGCGAUGAGUCGUGCAAGAACGCUGAGUGCCUCUACGACAACUUUGACUGCAGGGCCAAGGAGAACGUCUGCAAUCCCAUCUACGAGACGUACUGCAUCGACCACUUUGCCAACGGCCGCUGUGACGAAGGCUGUAACUCCGCCGAGUGUGGCUGGGACGGCCUGGACUGCGCCGCCAAUGUCCCUGAGGUGCUGGCCGAGGGGGUCCUGGUCCUGGUGGUUCUGCUGCCCCCGGAGGAGCUCCUGCGCACGGGCAACGCCUUCCUGCAGAAGCUCAGCGCCAUCCUAAGGACCACCCUGCGCUUCCGCCUGGACAAUAACGGAGAGGCCAUGAUCCGUCCCUACACCCGCAGGGAGGCGCGCAUCAAACGAGAGCUGCAGCCCGACCAGGAGGUCAUCGGUUCCGUGGUGUACCUGGAGAUUGACAACCGCCUGUGUUCCCAGGACUCGGGCGACUGCUUCUCCUCAGCCGACACCGCAGCCGAUUACCUGGGAGCCCUGAAAGUGACGGGCAUGCUGGACAAAUUCCCCUAUCCUCUCAGAGAAGUCCGCAGUGAGAUACGUCCUGACACGGAUAUUCCAAAAUGGGGCAAGCUGAUGCUGGUGGGCGUGGCGGCACUGUUCCUCUUGGUCAUUCUGGUGUUGGGCAUGCUGAUCGCCCGCAGGAAGAGAGAACACAGCACCCUGUGGUUCCCCGAAGGAUUCUUCCUCAAGAAAGAACCCAGCAGCAACAAGAACCGCAGGGAACCCGUGGGCCAGGAUGCACUGGGCAUGAAACACAUGCCCAAGACGGUGGAGGAGUCUCUGCUCGGAGAUCACAGUGACUCGUGGAUCGACGCCGACUGCCCCGAGGCCAAGAGGUUAAAGGUCGAAGAGCCCAGCAUCCUGUCAGAGAGUGAAGACGCCGUGGACUGCAGACAGUGGACCCAGCACCACCUGGCGGCCGCGGACAUUCGCAUGCCCCCCUCCAUGGCCCUCACGCCACCCCAGGGGGAGUUUGACCAGGACUGCAUGGAUGUCAACGUUAGAGGGCCUGAUGGUUUCACCCCUCUGAUGCUGGCUUCCUUCUGCGGGGGCGGUCUGGAGCCGGAGCUCCCAGAGGAGGAGGAGUCCGAAGAAUGUUCUGCCAACAUUAUCUCUGACCUCAUCUACCAGGGGGCCUCAUUGGCUGCCCAGACGGACCGCACCGGAGAGACUGCCCUCCACCUAGCCGCCCGCUACGCCCGCGCCGACGCAGCUAAACGGCUUCUGGAUGCCGGCGCCGAUGCAAACGCACAGGACAACACAGGACGCACGCCGCUACACGCCGCGGUGGCCGCCGACGCCCAGGGCGUCUUCCAGAUUCUAAUCCGGACCCGGGCCACAGACCUGGACUCUCGUAUGUACGACGGCUCCACCGCCCUGAUCCUGGCUGCCCGUCUGGCCGUGGAGGGAAUGGUGGAAGAACUCAUCACCUGCCACGCGGACAUCAACGCUGUCGACGAACUGGGUAAAUCCGCUCUGCACUGGGCAGCUGCUGUAAACAAUGUGGAGGCCACCGUGGCCCUGCUGAAGAACGGGGCCAACAAAGACAUGCAGGACCUCAAGGAGGAGACCCCUCUCUUCCUGGCGGCCCGCGAAGGUAGCUGUGAGGCCGUGAAGAUUCUCCUGGCUCACUUUGCCAACAGGGAGAUUACAGACCACAUGGACCGGCUGCCUCGGGACAUCGCCCAGGAGAGGAUGCACCAUGACAUCGUUCAGCUGCUGGACGAGUUCAACACGGUUAGGAGUCCCCAGGGACACGGAGGGGCCCCGCAUCACAUGGCGGGAACACACACCCUGUCCCCCCUCAUGUGCCCCCCCAGCGCCUUCAUGCCCAGCCUGAAGAACACCCCCCAGGGGAAGAAGAGUCGCCGUGCCGGGGCCAAGGGCUCAGGUCUGGCGGGACAGCACGCCCAGAACCUCAAGGAUUCAGCCAAGGCCCGCAACAAGAAGUUAACCCUGGACAUGCAGAGCGCCCUGCUGGAGAGCUCCGUCACCCUCUCCCCCGUCGACUCCCUGGACUCCCCACGCGGGGGCGCCAACAACGCCGGCUACGUCACCAACCCCUGCUCCCCGGUCGCCAUGCCCUCCCCGGGUCUCUUCCACUCCUCCAUGUCGGUGCCCAACACUCCCAUGGUGCAUGGCAGCAUGAUGGAUGGCUCCGGGCCCUUCACUGUGUCCCUGGCCCAGCUCAACGACCUGGCCGACGCGGGCAUGUCCAUGCAGGGCCGCGUGCCCAUGGCCGGCCAGGCGACCCAGGGACCCCACGGCUACGUGCUCAACGCCGGCCAGCUGGGCAUCAACAUGGGCCUGGUGAGCCCCGUCAGCGUGCCCUUCGACUGGCACAGCCGCAUGCCGCCCUCCUCCCAGUGUGGCGGGCAGGUGGUGAACCUGGUCCACAGCAGCCAGGCGGGCCUUCACUCCCAGCAGCAGAGCAGCCUGAUGAUGCAGCAGCACCUGUACCGCGGCGGCCAGCAGGGCAUGCUGCAGCCCACGCCGGUCAACGCCAGCACGCCCACCUCCCUCAGCCCCAGCAAGCUGGCCUCCAUCGCAGAGCAGCAGCACCACAGCCACUCCAUGGCCAGCCAGCAGAGCCACCGCAUGGGGACCUCCACCCCGCCCGCCCCCCAGACGACGCAGCCCCCUCCGGCCUUCUUCCAGCAGCAGCCCCCCCAGCAGCAGCCGGCCCAGGCCCAGCCGGCCCCGCAGCCCGCCUCUCCGCAUGCCUCCCAGGCCCCUCCUCCCCAGGCCGGCAGCAGUUCCGCGGGCCUGGAAGACUACCCCACCCCACCCUCCCAGCAUAGCUACACCUCCGCCCUGGACGCCACGCCGAAGCAUUACCUCCACCUGCCUAGCGAGCAUCCUUACCUGACCCCCUCCCCAGAGUCGCCCGAGCCCUGGUCAAGCCCCUCCCCACACUGUGUGUCUGAUUGGUCAGACUCCACUCCCAGCCCGGCUGUGGCCGGCCCUGCCCAAACCCAGAUCCCCCAUGUUCAGGAGCCCAGUGGCAAAAUGCAGGUGUUUGCAUGAAGACCCCCCCAGACACCUGGUUCACACCUGGCCGUAAAGGUCUGUUUGUUAGUGUUUAUGUCGGCCUGGUUCCAAGAUUUUUCAUUGGAUUUGGAUUGACUGUUAUCACGAGGACCGUCUGCUAGUGUUAGCAGAGAAAGAGUAAAGGGAAAUGCGUGUUGUCUCGAAAUAAAAGAGCAGACAAUGUAAUGAAGUAAGACUUAUUCUGUCACAGAUGGACUUGUUUUUUUUAUUAUUAAAAAAAAAGUAUAUGAAGAAGAAAACUAAGUCUUUAUUUAAAAGACUUAGGGACACUCUCCUGAAAAACUAACAAACUUUUUCAAAAGUAGAUAAAAGAACGAAAAAAAGCAAAAAUGUUGAAGGGAAUUCCUUUAUUUUUAUUUAUUGUUUUUUUGUGUGUUUCUCAUCACUGCCUUGUCAGGUGUUCCCUCUGCCCUCGUUCUGUGGUGAACUCUUCCACAGUACUUCACUCUCACCUGUUAAAUGGAGGACCUGCGCUGGGCUCAGCUGAGGCUAGUGUCCUUACAAGGAAAACUGCCAGUGAUUCACUCCCAUAAGUGUGUGUUCACUCCAGAGCCAGCCCACCAGCAGUGUUUAACACUCAGUAGACAGAUCAACACAGGGCUCUGACAGAGAGAGGAGGAGGGCUUGCCGCUCUUGACUGAUAUUAUUUAUUUAGGCCAACAGGUAAAGCGAUCAAAUUGGCUUGGGAAAACAAUAUGUAUUAUUUUAAGUUGGUCGGCAUUAGUGAUAUUAUGUUCUGAUUUGAGAAACUAGGAGAAACAAAUGAACUGAUAACAUUCCGUAGAAGUAUUAUUUGUAAGAAUGUAGACUGACGGGCGUCUCUGAAGCACUUCGUGGGGUAAAGGGUUUGGAGGACGGGUUGUCGUGAGGUGGGUUCGGACUCCCAGAUGGGGCACUCUUCUCGUCCCCACACAGACAAAGAGCCAGGGGGGCUUUUCAACACUCAUUACAUUGCAUUAAUUGGCCAGUGUUCAGUCACACAGACCAACAGACCAACUAAACGAAAACAGUGUUGUGUUACGUAUAAGGCCCGUUCCUAUGGACUGAGACACUUUGAUCCCCAGACUGUCUUGAUGAUGUUUAACCCCCCCGCUUGGCCUGGCAUCCACCUGGUCACUAGUCUCAUUUUCCGGGUCUAAAGCGUUUACACCCCACUGUCAGAAAAACCACGCUGCCUCCCAUCGCUACUUCAGUGAUAAAGCUUGUUUUCACUCAUUCUGAACCUUCAUUUAGAUGAGGGCAUUAUUAUAUUUGCCAAUUCUAAAUCAGCCUGUCACUACCCUAUUAGUUUUGGUUUAAUUCACUUUUGUUAUUUUUCUAUUGUAUGUGUUGAGACCAUGGUUACCUUUUUGAACAUCACAUGGAUGUACUAAGCUAUGUUUUAUUGGCUGCUAUUCUUUAACCACUCCCACGCCACCAGUCCUGCAUGUUGCCUGUCACUGUCCUCGUUUUAGCGUGCUGCCGCCUCACUUUUCGUCAACGUGUCAGUGGUACGCGACCAGAAGUUACAGCCUUUUCCUGGUUGGGUCCUGCGCUCUGACGCCCGGCCCGGUUUUUGUGUCCUGGGACUGGUUCUGCCUUUCGUACUAUUGCUGUCAACGUUAUGCAUGCAACACCAUAUAGAUAGAGCUAGGAAUUGGGCCCGGUGUCACCUGGGCCAAGCGAGGCACAUCCUCCUCCAUUGGUCAUUGAGGUGUCGGUGCGUGUUUCGGUUACGGUGCAGUCAGUCACCGUGAGGGCGUGGCUGGUGAGCUGGGAUGCUAGUGCUCUGUCACUCCUCAGGGAGGCAUUAUACUAGGGCAUGCAGAGGAGUGUUCCCUGCAUCUUUAGCAGCCUGCAGCCCGCCAGCCACGGAGGUGACGUGUCCGCAUGACAUGUUGGAAGACCAGGAAGGAGAGAGAACACUACUAUGUAGUGCUGCCCCCCACCCCCUACUGUAUGUCUUUACUGCAGUCACGGAUGUGCCUCCCCACGCGGGAUCCAACAAGCCCUCCCAAAGCACUGCCCGAACACAGCUGCCCUCUGGCUAGGUUUCUACUGAAUGGUCUAGCCGCACACCUCUCCACCCGCCACCAUAUCCUCACCCUGUGGCUGUUUCCUUCAUAGCUCCAAGCCUGUUCUCUACAACCAGCUACUAUAUUACCAGUGGCUCCUGGGAGGUUUCUGGGCUCUACUGAUACUAGGUUCAGAUUCCAGUUCAGGGUUCAUGUAGUGAUUUAUUUUUAUUUUUUUUCACCGAUCCUUUGAUUUCCUUUCCUGGUCACACUGCUACUAGUGCUCUGUCUGUACAUUUCAAAUAUCCCCGCCUGUAAAUAAUGUUCGUCCUGGGUAGAUCUAUUUGUUUAAGUUGAGUCUUAUGUUUCUAAAAAUUAUUACGUACUAAAAAGGACAAAAAGAAUAUGUACUUCCUUUUAGCAUUGCUGUCAAAACUGAGGAUGUGACUGAUAUUUUAUUGGUCUUGUAUUAGAACAGUCAUAGAUAUUUCUAUCAUUAUUAUUAAUUCCUAUAUACUUGUUUAAAAGUAGUUUAAAAAUGAUUGUACAUAUAAAACACUUUCCACAAUGUUUCUUUUUACAGACAAAAGUUGUAAAAUAAGUUACUUCUAAUAAAAACUGUAGGGAACUACA